AUGCGAGAAAAGGUUUCUAACGAGCUGGACAGGCUUGGUAAAUCGGGAGUACUGUCCCUGGUGGCUCACUCGGAGUGGGCGACGCUGAUAGUUCCGGUAAUGAGGAAAGACGGAACAGUUCGCUUGUGUGGCGAUUGCAAGAUAACGAUAAAUACCAGCUGUGUGGUGGAGCAGUACCCACUUCCGGAAAUUAAGGACCUUUUUGCUGCAUGGCACGAAGGUGACGUUUACAGCACAUUGGACCUUCGAGACGCCUACAACCAGGUUCCCCUGGAUGAGCAGUCAAAGAAGCUGACGAUCAUUAACACACAUCGGGGAUUAUUCCGCUUUAAUCGCCUGCCAUUUGAUGUGUCUUCUGCCCCAGCUAUCUUUCAGCGAAUAAUGGACAGCGUCCUGAACGGGUUGCCGGGAGUCCAGGGGUACUUGGACGAAGUUUUGGUUGCCGAGAAGGGGAAUGACGGCGGAAAGAGCCUCAAGGCAGUUCUCCAGCGCUGUCGAGAGUACGGCGUCAAGCUAAGGAAGGACAAGUGCACCUUAAGGAUGCCUGAGGUUUCGUACCUUGGCCACAAGGUCAGUACGGGAGAGCUGCAACCUCUGGAGAAGAACAAGAACGCUAUCAUGAAGGCGCCAACACCCAAGAACGUGAGCGAACUGCGUUCCUACUUGGGUCUUCUUACUUACUACAGCAAGUUCCUUCCCAAUAUGGCCAGUCUGCUAUUCCCGCUCUACUAUUUGCUAACGAAAUAA